AUGAUUGGAGGGACAUACAAGUCUCUAUGGAAAGUUGCAAGGUUUUCAUCAGCGCGUACCAUCAGAUGUUUUGGUCAAACAAUAACUCCUAAUGAGUAUAGGCAGCGUCGUAUAAGUUUGGUUUCACAUUUACGACAGUCAGUUCUGAAAGAUUGGAAGAAAUCUGUGCUGAUCGUUUUGCGAUCAGCUAUACGCCGAUUUUACGCCCCAGAUGUUCCAUAUCCAUUCCGUCAAUGCUCAUAUUUUCGGUACUUGACAGGAUUAAAUGAACCGGAUUGCGUCCUGAUCAUUUUAUUUGAGAAAACGCAAAACCCGGUAUCAAUUUUGUAUUUUGAAGGUCGUACAGAAAGACAAGAAUUGUGGGAAGGUCCUGGAUUGAAUGCCAGCGGAAUUAUAAACACUGCUGGGGUCGACGAAGUAAAAUCUCAUAAUCAGCUCAUUCAGGAUUUACAAAUAUUAACUGAUAAAGCUUGCAUUGUUUCUUAUGACAACACAACUCUAAGUACAAUUAAUGAUGAUAUUGUUCAGGUGUUAGCAGGAUGUGAUACAUUUCUGCCAUUACGUGAGCACAUAGACACUUUACGGUGGAUAAAGUCACCAGCAGAGCAAGAGUUAAUGAGACGUACUUGUAAAAUAGGUGCAGAAUCGAUGAAUGCAGUAAUUGCAAGGAGCCGAGGAGUCGCUAAUGAAAACGAAAUAGUGGGACGAUUGGAAUUAGAAGUUAGGCGUCGCGGUGCAGCAAGCCUAGCCUAUCCACCUGUAGUUGCUGCUGGUAAUCGUGCUAAUAUAAUACAUUACUUGGAUGCUAAUAAGGCGCUUGAUCAAGGCGAUGCAGUACUUGUAGAUGCAGGUUGUGAUUAUGAAGGUUAUUCGAGUGAUAUAACGCGCGUUUUUCCUAUAUGCGGUCGUUUUAAUGCUCCACAGAGAGCCAUGUAUGAUGCACUUAAUGAUGUACAGGCCAGAUUAUUUGAAUAUUUGAGACGGACUGAACAUUUACGACUAAAUGAAAUAUAUGUGACAAUGCUUAAAUAUCUUGCUAAGAAUAUUUCGGAAGUGGGGAUGUUUGCGAGAAGUCUUGACGCAAAUGAAUUACUUCAUGAAACAGAUAAAAUCUGCCCUCAUCAUGUAAGCCACUAUCUUGGAAUGGAUGUGCACGACACCGCUUCUGUAGCACGCAAUAUUAUUCUGCAGCCAGGAGUUACAUUCACUGUUGAACCAGGCAGAAAUUUUUUCGAAUAUUUUUUCGUAUUUUUUUUAGGAAUUUACAUACGCGAUGACAACGAAAAAUCGAGAAAGGAGUUUCGUGGCAUUGGUAUGCGUAUUGAAGAUGAUAUUUUGCUUGGAAAGGAUGGUACUGUAGAAGUGCUUACACGAGAUGCUAUAAGAGAACCAGAAAACAUUGAACAGCUCAUGACGGCUGAAUAA